GCGCGAGAGCCUCCGCACAGGUAGAGCUGAGAGCCGCCAGGCCAGUCCGAGACAUGCGCCCCGCGCGCGCCCGCGUUGUGCCGUCGUACAUACGGUCACGCAUAACCUGCUUUUUAAAAACAUCAUACAAACGUUUGUUUACUUCUUCAUUUCAUAACUUUAAUUUGAAAUAGUUUUCGUGCCUGAAAUCAGUGUUUAUAAGUGCUACCUGUGAAUACAAAGAACCACGGUCGAGUUAAUUGCGCGAAUGCCACGCUCUACAGCCUACGCAGCCGGCGGCGUUCCCCACCUCUGUUCAUUCAAGGACCAAUCGUUGAACUCAUGUCAUCUCGUCUUUCGCAUCUACGUGAUCUCUAAGAUUUAGAAAUGAGUUCCCAACAUACAAAGCGAUGUAUUGACUAAGUUGGUAACCGAAAUCGGUUCCAUCGACAAUGUCAAUCAAUCAGAACGCAGGCCAAUUUAAUAAACAGAAGCAGCAACUAGGUAAACAGGGCCCGGAACCGGUCAACUUUCCACCGCGUUAUCACCCGCCUCCUCUAGCCGCGAGUGGGCCCAAGCUAGCCACUAUCGACCCGUCCGCCAAGGAGUACAAACCACCUUACGCAGGCAAACCUAUUGAUCCCAGCAAAUUGCAGUAUCCUAUAGUGGCACAUGGUGCUGUCCCAGCGUCCUACAGUGGAGGAUCUAUCCAGUUUUUAAAAUAUCCUCAAGGCUAUCCUCCAGGAUAUCCCCAACCAUCAGGAGCUCUACGCAUGCCACGGCCUUCGGCUGAGGUGGUGACAAAAGCUGUUGUGCACGAACCAGUGGAACCAACUACACGAGCCAGAAGUGCAGACGACAUCCAACGAGCACAACGUAAUAUUGAAGAGGAACAGAUUCACAGAAGGUCAGCUGACAUGCUCAAAUUUACGAAACGCGUCGAACCUGAAGGACCUCGAGCAUCAACCGAUCAGAAACGACAGAUUCAAGCGCUAUUAGCACAAAUAAAAGCGUUAAAAGAAGCUAAUCGUCGGUUGAGUGAGGAUAACCAGGAACUCCGAGACUUGUGCUGCUUCUUAGACGAUGAUAGACAGAAAGGUAGAAAAUUAGCUCGCGAAUGGCAACGAUUUGGAAGAUACACAGCAUCUGUCAUGCGACAGGAAGUGUCUGCUUACCAGAACAAAUUGAGACAGUUGGACGACAAGCAGCAAGAAUUGAUUCGUGACAAUUUAGAGUUAAAAGAAUUAUGUUUGUACUUGGAUGAAGAACGCGAGAGAAGUACGUGCGUCAACUGUGGUAGAGCAGCAGGAAGAGAAAGGGAUGACGGUGACGGGAGCAGCAGCGGUACCAAUGCUGAUGAAGGCUCGCGCCCGGCCCCUGCGAUACCAAUUACACAUCCUCAGCUUGCAGAACGGACAGUGCAGUAUGUAAGAGACUUAGAACAAAAAGUUCGGCGAUUAGAGGCUGAAAAAGGACUUGGUAACGGAGGAAACGAACGUCCUGAGGCAGUGGUACGAGCUUUACAGGUUCUAGAAGUUCGGGAACGCGUUGAACGAGAACGGAGAAGGCCUGCUCCAGACCUAGACUCUGGAGAGCAGGCGCUAGUGCGCGAAAUGUGUAACGUGGUGUGGGGCAAGCUAGAAGAUGCGCCGCCACAGGCUCCGCCGCGCUAGAACAUACUAUAAACAAUGAACAGUUAACAUUUCCUAAUUUAGUGUCAGAGUGAGUUUGAUAGAAAGAGGUGAACGAGUAAAUAAAAAGUUGUACAAAAUAAAUGCAGAUGGAAUCCGACUUGAUUGAGGUCGUCGGUCCGCUGUCUCGUGACCUAAAGAGCAGAACUGUGUCGACCUUAUAAGUACCUAUAAAGUACAUGAGUUUAGUUAACGUUAAGGCCCUUGGAAGAGUUUGUGAUGUAUAACUUGCCACGACUAAGUAAUGUAGCGGGAAACCGAAAAGUACAAAAUUACUUUAUGAAUUUUAUAUGUAAGUUGUUAGGUUUAGAGAUGCUGUUUAUCUUUACUUAGACAAAGUGUUGCCUUAUUUUUCUUGCUUAUAAAAUUAAAAAAAUAAUAACAUAGAUAGUGUAGAAUAAUGUAGGUAGAGUACCAACACUACAUCAAAUAUUUUUUCGUAUAAAAAUGUAGUAUAAGUAGCUGCUCCUACCUACCUACUUAGUACUUACACUAUUUUAUUGUUAGACAUAAAAUUGUUAAAAAUAAUUAUAAAUUUUAUGGAAAAUAUUUGAGAAAUUGGUUAAUUAUGAGGCUAUACAUUGAUACAAUUGUCUGUGAUUCUCCUGUGAGCUGGAAUAAGGGAUUCUAUGAGAAAGAUCAGCUUUAUACUGCAUUAAACUUGCCCUGCAUUUUGUUCUGUUAAUAAAUAUUAAGUUUUGAUUGAACUGAGAUUUAUUUCCUGUUAGUUUACAUAGAAGCUGGAGUUUUAAUAUUGCUUAGAGUCUAGUCAGCCAAUGAUUCAAAUGCAAGAACAGUUCAUGUUAUAGUUAUUUUAUUCCAGCUCACUCAACUCGUUCCAUUUGCAUAGCUUGCUUCAGUUUUGAUUAUAAAUGUAGUGUGUUAUUAAUUUAUUCAGACAUGGGUGUGCGAGAAAUAAAGCUAUUUCUGUUUA